AUGUCAUCUCAAGAUUAUCAAGAAGAAAGUAUGAAUGUCGAUCUGGAACCAGACAUUGAAAUUACAGAAGGGAAUGAGACUUUACCUAGUACGCAACGAAGUGCUGUUUGGACUUAUUUUAAGCUCUGCACAAAAGAAUUCAGAAAGGCAAUUUGUAACACUUGCUCUGCUGUUUUGAAACUACCAACAUCUACCACGUCGCCUAUGCUGAAGCACUUAUUAUCAAGGCAUCCUGAUCUCCACAGUAAGUGUCUUGAAGCGAGGAACAAACGCAAAAUAAUAGAAGACAAUAAUAAUGUUGAUGAAUCAUCAAAACGUUCAAAACUUGCGCCCAUUUCUAAAGCUGAAUUCGACCAAUUAUGCAUGGAAAUGAUAGCAAUAGACCUGAAGCCUUUUUCAUGUGUUGAGGACAAAAGUUUUCGAAGACUUUUGAGUCGACUGGAUAACACCUACGAUCCACCUUCUCGUACUACAUGUUCUCGUAGUCUUUGUCCUGAUUUAUAUAAUAGAACAAAACAAGAAUUGAUGAAUAAAUUAAAAAGUGAUAUAGCAGUAGGAUUGAUGAAAUUGUCUUUUACGACUGAUGGGUGGAAAUCUCGGUCUGGACAUCAUUAUUUAUCUUUUACGGUGCACUAUAUGACAAACAACUCUCAAUUAAAGAACAUCAUGUUAGGCAUAAGACAAUUUGAAGAUCGUCACACUGCCGUAAAUAUAAAAUCGACACUUGAAGAUAUGAUGAGUGAAUGGGACUUAUUAGAUUUACCAAAUAUUCCAAUCUUUUUUACCACGGAUAAUGCAGCGAAUAUUACCAGUGCUAUUCGCCAUGGUGGUUGGCACCAUGUUUAUUGUUUCGCGCACACACCCCAGUUGGUGAUAAAAGAUUCUCAAAAGCAUACUGAAGGGAUCGAUGAAUUACUUAAUAAGACAAGACGCAUCGCAACGUACUUUCAUCAUUUGGAUCCAGCACGCAGAGAUCUUGAAAAUGCACAGAAAACUUUGAGUGAUGAACCUCCUUUAAAAUUAAUCCAGAUGGUGAAACACGCUGGAAUUCGGAGUUCGACAUGCUUAAAUGUAUGA